GCAGUCGACGGUUGGCGGGAUUCAUGUGAAGACGUAUAACGCAGUUAGUGCCGGUCUCGUUAAUGAAGAAUUCGGAAUAGUCAGUGUCGGUGGUUUUCAGAAUAAGUCUUGUACGUGUGAUAUCGCUCGAUAAAAGAAAAGUGUGAACAUAUUGCUAUUAGUGAUAUCUUAACUCGUUUAUCCAAUUAAUUGUAUGUUACAUUUAAUGUGUUCUUAUGUAACUGUGUAGUGUCCUCUCUGUGAUAAAAACAAGGAGCUUGUUGAAAGUGAAAAAAAAAAAAAUUGAAAAUAUUUGUACCAAUGUGUAUCGUUGAGCAAUUGUUUAAAAUGCAGUAUGAAAAAGAUACGAUUAUCAGAGGCUCAACAUUUAAAUAUUAACUUUGAAGCAGCUGCGUCCGAAUUUAAUGCGUGUUCGCCUAAAUCCAUAAUCAAUCACAGAGUUUGAUUUAGAAAAGUUGAAUAAUUGUGCAUCGAGAACCGAUCUACUCCAACACACUGUCCGGGUCUCGCAAUUUCUCGUGGUUGGCACGCGAGUAGAUUAAAAUGAUUACCGAUAGCAAUAGCAUAUCAGCGGCAGCAGUCCUAUGCGUGCUUCAGCUGAUAUCAGCAUCGCCUCCACAACAACAGCAACAACAACAGUUCCAAAAGAAUUGCGGACUUUACGGCCAGGUGCCAUGUACGUAUGUUCCGGCUCCACCCGGAAUCACGCCAAAGUGUGCUUCCCCUGGGAAGACGUUUUGCGAGCAAAAUCCCGAAUAUCCGACUCAUUUGAUCCAGCGUCUGGUUGAGCAAUUGGGCUACCAGCGGAUUCUCGCCAACGAAGAACGUGUGGAAUUCAACGUGAAUCGCGAAUGGGAGGAAGAGCAUCACCAUCAUCAUUAUCACCAUUUUUAUGGCCCCUCAAUGGCCACUAGUGGCAGUUAUGGGCCUCAACCGCAUAAGGUCCCAUAUCAAGGCUACAGCUAUGACCUACCCAAACAGCAGCAGCAGCAUUACCAACAGAAUGACAACACCGUGACCUUUGACCAGAAACCCCCACCAAUGCCCGUUCCUCAGCCCAUCUACAUCCCAAAGCCUCAGUAUUCGUUCAAUUAUCACACGUACGUGAGACCUCCGGUGAAUCACAAUCCUCAAACGACCAGCUCGUCCGGAGCCACAGGCUAUUUCUAUCCUCAACCAGCGACACCAUUUAGUCCAGCGGAAUGGUUGAGACGAUUUGCACGUGACCUCACUCAAAAGCAGACCCCAGCAAGAGGUUUCAGCUACCAUCGAGUGGCUGGACCAACUCCUUCGCCAUCUCCCUUCAAGUUACCACCCGAAUUGGAAGUGAAGCCAUCGCCAUUUCGGUUGGUGAACGAAACGGUAUUUCACGAGGCCGUAACUCGGUCACGUCAGAAGCGCCAAGUCACCGAAGGCCGGACAGAACUUUGCCAGACGCGUGAGAUGUACGUUACGCCGCAGGCAGCUCUGAACACCAAAGGCAACUGGAUGUACAUCGUAAAUCACGAGGAAUCGCGGCAGUUGGUGAAAGCGGAGAUAUGCACGUCAAGCGAGUGCUCCAAUCUGUGCAGCCUCCCCAAUGGGUACAAUUCCAGGUGCGAGCAGAAGUUCUCUCAGAAGCGACUUUUAACGCUGGACGCCGAUGGGCAGAGUUUGUACGUGGACACCUAUUGGUUCCCGAGUUGCUGCGUGUGCACUUUGGCGAUGAAUAACUGAGAGGCUGAUUGUAGGCGUGAGAGACUUGAGGGCUGGACUCUUUGAUACAGUGGACCUGGCAAUAUAACUGCGUUGGUUAUAUUCAACAAUUAUAAGUAUGAGAUUACAGCGUGACAAGUGUUGAGAAUUUUAUGACAGAUAGUUUAAAAUUGGUCAUUGAUUAGGAUUAUGCUGAACAGAAGCAAAUGUGAUUUUUGUGUAUUAAAACCAUCGAAUUCUUAUAGUAUUCUAGUAACAUCGCUUAGCAUUGUAACUUACCUUGGAAAUAAUAUAUGAUUAUUUUACAUGUAGGAUAAUAAUUUAUUACUGCGUAUCAUAUCAACAAAACAGGAACAUAGAAGCUAUCACACUUUAAA